UCUUUGCCAGCACUUGUUAUCUCCUGUUUUCUUUUGUUUUUCUGAUAGUAGUCAUCCUAAUGGUUUAGCCCAUGGUAAAUGAUCAGGAUGGUCACAAUGAUGAUCAAGUAAGGUUAACAAAUCAGAAUGUAUUUUGAAAUUGUAUUUGUCAGGAUCCAACCAGGAAAACGGAAAAAGCACUGAAAAGAACUGAAUGCGUGAAACUGGGGAUACAGGUGGGCAAAAGGCUGAGAAGCCACACAGCAGAAAGUCAUUAGCACAUGUGCCUAGAGCAGAGGACAGAGAAGUGUUACCAGCCCAUUGGCUGGGGUCGCCCAGGGGAAGCCAAGGCGGUGAGGGGAGCUAUGGAGGCUGACAGGGAAAAUACCUGGCUUCUCCCACCAGGGCCUCCCAUUGACCAAACCUAGCUCGAUCUGACGAUGCCUCAGGAGACCUGGGCCAGGAGAUGUCUGGAGAGGCGAACCAAAGACACACAACCAGGAGCACCAUCACCAGUCUUGCACAUGGAGCAUGAAGGAGUCAAAGAUAUUGUCAAGCCUCUGACCAAACCAAGGAACAGAAGAAGUAGGUUGAUAUCAGCGGGGGUUAACCCUUCCUCUAGCAACUCCAUGGUAAGUGACCAAGAUGGUCACUUAUUAUCAAGUGCGAUAUCGAAUCAGAAUGCAACCUUCCCAAAGAAACCAUCUGAGUCCUGCAGGUCUGAACGUUUUAUUAAUAAAAAAAUAAAUUCUGAGAUGAUAGAUUUGCAUGCAGGUGUAAGGAACGAUAGAGCCCGUGUACCUUUUACCCUGAUUCCUCCAUCUUGCAAACUACAGCACAGUGGCACAGCCGUGGUGGACACUGACAGGAAGGACCCUGAGCAUUUCCACCAGCAAAGAGUCCCUUGAGUGACCUUCUAUAGCCACGACCACUCUCUGCCCCCAACUUUUAAAGCGACAGGGAUUAUCCAGGCCGUAGGGCGCCUACUCCGAACAAAGAACAGCGUGAGGCGCUGGGAAGGAGACUGCGGAGACACCUCCGGGCAGAGCCUCCACGCCCGCCACGCAGGACGCCACCGAGGGCCGGCCGGGCACUGCCCGAGCACUUCCGCGCGCGUCGCCGGGCCCGCCCCUUCCGCCGGGGCCGACUAACCGCCGCCCGAGGGCCGAGCAGAGCCGGAAGUGGGCGGUAGCCCCGCGGCCCCGUCGCUCAGUCCGAGAUGGCGGACCUCCACCGCCAGCUACAAGAGUACCUGGCGCAGGGGAAAGCGGCCAGGCCGGCGGCCGCGGAGCCGCUGCUCGCCGCGGAGGAAGCGGAGGAGCCCGCGGCCGGGGACGGGCUUGCGGGGGCGUGGCUGGGCCGCGCGGCCCUGCGCUGGACGUGGGCGCGGAGCCCCGCGGAGCCGGCGGCGGCGGGCCCGGCGUGCGUGCCGAGGGUGACGCGCGGGCAGCGGCUGGCGGCGGGCGGCGGGUGCCUGCUGCUGGCGGCGCUCUGCUUCGGCCUGGCCGCGCUCUACGCGCCCGUGCUGCUGCUGCGCGCGCGCAAGUUCGCGCUCCUCUGGUCGCUGGGCUCGGCGCUGGCGCUGGCGGGCGGCGCGCUGCUGCGGGGCGGCGCGGCGUGCGGACGCCUGCUGCGCGGCGAGGAGGCGGCGUCGCGGCCCGCGCUGCUCUACGCGGCCGCGCUGGGCGCCACGCUGUUCGCGGCGCUGGCUCUGCGCAGCACGCUGCUCACGGUGCUGGGCGCCUGCGCGCAGGUGGCCGCGCUGCUGGCCGCGCUGUGCGGCCUGCUGCCCUGGGGCGGCGGCGCCGCGCUGCGCCUCGCGCUCGGCCGCCUGGGCCGCGGCGCCGGGCUCGCGAAGGCCCUGCCCGUGUGAGAGCCCGCGUCGGCGGGAAGGACGAGGAGCCAGCGCCGGCCAGCACCGUCGGGACCAGCCAGCCGAGACGCGGCCCGCAGACGCCCGACGGAGCGGGGCGAAGGCCCCCCUCGGCCGUGCCGGCCGCUCUGUGGACUCUGAGCGCCUGCUGCGUACGAACAGUUUCAGAAGCUCCGUGAUUGCAGUGUUUUGUGCUGUACUCGCCUCGGAAAUCGAGAUUUUGUCAUUGAAUUGGUGAUAGUGUGUGACACGGCAGUUAGAGGAAUUUUGGAACUGGGAGACUAAGUUGGCUGAGAGUCUUGCUGAAGCAGAGAGGUUACAAGGAAGCCUGCAGAGAAGAAGAGAACUCGGUGGCCUGCAAGCAGAAAAAGGUGCGAAAGCACACCGAGAGAAGCCACAACACCGGAGGGAGGGUGAGCCGGCCCAGUCUGCACAGCCCAGCCCACCUGCGGCCUCCUCCCAGGGCAUUCCCCUUCAGUAUCUUCCAUUCCAAUCUUCUACUAUGAAGAGUUUCAAACUCAGAGUAAAGUUGAAACAGUAAAAUGAAUACCCACAGAUCCUUCACCUAGAUUAAUCAGUUCUCAACAUCUUUGCCACUUGUGCUUUAUCUUUUGUUUAUUUACAAACACAUUUUCUAAACCAUAUGAAAAUCAGCUGCUAACAAUAUAAUGCUUCACUUUUAAAUAUUUCAGUAUGUUUCUUCUAAGAACAAAGACUUUCUCCUAAAUAACCACAAAUAUGUGCUAUUAACAGAUUGCCUAAUUCAAAUUUCCCAAAUUGUCCCUAAAAUGUCCUUUAUAGUUGAUUGUUUUUAAAUAUAAAAUUCAAUCAUGAUUAUAUGUUGUAACUCAGUGGUCACGUCUCUUUG